AUGGCUGUGCGAGCCAAUAGGAGCACGGGAUCGCCACCGCCCCCUGGCGUGUGCCUCGCGUCACGCACGCCGCUGAGGGGGGCGCGUGCGCAGAGUCCCCUCAGAGGCGCUCGGGCAGGAGGAGCUGAGGGGGGGAGGACAGAGGAGGGGCGGGGGACGGACCGUGACCCGGAGCCGUGGCGUCUGGGGCUGGUGAUGGUGCCUGGGACCGGCCCUGAGGCGGCCUCGCUGACGGGCUCCCGCUUGCAUGCUGCCCUCUGCCGCCCGCCCCGUGAGCAGAGAGGAUUUGAGAACCGGGCCUGUCUGGAACGUGUUCAGCAGACCGAGCCCCUGUGCCUGCCGGGGAGGACCCGACCCGCGGGACACCGGGACAGCGGGAGGCGUCUAGUCGGACACCGGGCACGGCACAUUGAUCGCCGAGAGCCAACUGGGCAGCACCGGGGACGGAAGAUCCAAGCACCGGGAGCCGUCCAGGCAGCACCGGGGCACGCACGGUCCGGCCGCCGGGAGCCGUCCAGGCGGGACCCGAGCCCGUCCACUCAUCGGGAGGCCUUCCGGGCGACACCGGCGUGCUGCCCGCCCCUGGCCUGGCUGCUGGUGGGGCUGAGCGUGCCGGCGCCAUGCCGGAGCCAGCUGCACGGCGAGAAGGGCAUCUCCAUCCCCGACCACGGCUUCUGCCAACCCAUCUCCAUCCCCCUCUGCACAGACAUCGCCUACAACCAGACCAUCAUGCCCAACCUGCUGGGUCACACCAACCAGGAGGACGCGGGCUUGGAGGUCCACCAGUUCUACCCCCUGGUCAAGGUCCAGUGCUCGCUGGAGCUCAAGUUCUUCCUCUGCUCCAUGUACGCCCCGGUGUGCACGGUGCUGGAGCAGGCCAUCCCGCCCUGCCGCUCCAUCUGCGAGCGGGCACGCCAGGGCUGCGAGGCCCUGAUGAACAAAUUCGGCUUCCAGUGGCCGGAGCGGUUGCGUUGCGAGAACUUUCCCCGGCACGGCGCCGAGCAGAUCUGCGUGGGGCAGAACCACUCGGAAGACGGGGGCUCGCCUGCCCUGCUCACCAGUGCCACGCCGCUGGCCGGCCAGGGCACGCCGGGUGCCCCUCGCUACGCCACCCUCGACCACCCCUUUCACUGCCCGCGGGCGCUGAAGGUGCCCAGCUACCUCAACUACAAGUUCUUGGGGGAGAAGGACUGCGCGGCGCCCUGCGAGCCCACCCGUCCCGACGGCCACAUGUUCUUCAACGAGGAUGAGAUCCGUUUCGCCCGGAUUUGGAUCCUCAUCUGGUCCGUCCUGUGCUGCGCCUCCACCUUCUUCACCGUCACCACCUACCUGGUGGACAUGCAGCGUUUCCGCUACCCCGAGCGCCCCAUCAUCUUCCUCUCGGGGUGCUACACCAUGGUGUCCGUGGCCUACAUCGCCGGCUUCGUGCUGGAGGAGCGGGUGGUCUGCAACGAGCGUUUCCAGGAGGACGGCUACCGCACCGUGGUGCAGGGCACCAAGAAGGAGGGCUGCACCAUCCUCUUCAUGAUGCUGUACUUCUUCAGCAUGGCCAGCUCGAUCUGGUGGGUCAUCCUCUCCCUCACCUGGUUCCUGGCUGCCGGGAUGAAGUGGGGCCACGAAGCCAUCGAGGCCAACUCCCAGUACUUCCACUUGGCUGCCUGGGCCGUGCCGGCCGUCAAGACCAUCACCAUCCUGGCCAUGGGGCAGAUCGACGGGGACCUGCUGAGCGGCGUCUGCUUCGUGGGCCUCAACAACAUCGACCCUCUCCGGGGCUUCGUGUUGGCCCCGCUCUUUGUCUACCUCUUCAUCGGGACCUCCUUCCUCCUGGCCGGCUUCGUCUCCCUCUUCCGCAUCCGCACCAUCAUGAAACACGGCGGGACCAAAACGGAGAAGCUGGAGAGGUUGAUGGUUCGGAUCGGGGUCUUCAGCGUCCUCUACACCGUCCCGGCCACCAUCGUCAUCGCCUGCUACUUCUACGAGCAGGCGUUCCGCGAGCACUGGGAGCGCAGCUGGAUCAGCCAGAACUGCAAGAGCUUGGCCAUCCCCUGCCCCCUCCACUUCACCCCCCGCAUGACCCCCGACUUCACCGUCUACAUGAUCAAGUAUCUCAUGACUCUCAUCGUGGGCAUCACCUCCGGAUUUUGGAUAUGGUCGGGGAAAACCCUCCACUCCUGGAGGAAGUUCUACACGCGACUCACCAACAGCAAGCAGGGCGAGACCACGGUGUGACCCUCCCCACCCCCCCAGCCUGCCCGCCGUCGCCCUUCAGCUUGGUUAUUUUGGGGGGGGGGUUGGUUUAUUAUAUAUUUUUUAUUUUUAGAUUUAUUAACGUCUAAGGGGUGUCUCUCUUUUUUCUCUUUGAUUUUUUUUUUUUUUUUUUGUAAUUAAACCUGUAAAUAGCAUUUGUAAAUUUAAUUAUAUAUUCCUAUUUAAAGCAUGGAAA